AAAAAAGAAAAAGAAUUUAAAGAGAAAAAAAAAGCAAAAAAAAAGAAAGAGAAAGAGAAAAAGAAAAUCCCCUCUCUCUUUCUCUCUCUCCCAGAAUCUCUCUCCUCUCUGCGGAUCAUAUUUUUUUUCUCUCACUUUCCUUUGGUUUUCUCGGCGGCUUCAUUCGAAUCAUUUUUUUUCCCCUGGAGGUUAAAGCUUCCUCCUUUCUGUAGACGCCAUGUCGGACAAAGGACGUCCCUUGCCCAAGUUUGGUGAAUGGGAUGUGAAUGAUCCAGCAUCAGCAGAAGGUUUCACAGUCAUAUUCAACAAAGCUAGGGAUGAGAAGAAGACCGGUGGCAAACCGGGAUCACCUGGUAAAUCCACUGAAGGUCAUGCUAAGUCCGGAGGAGGAGGAGGAGGAGGUGGAGAUCCUAGUAAACCUCAGCCUAAAAAAUGGCUCUGCUGCAUCCAAUCUCCAGCAGUGAACUCUUGACGGACACAAAUAUGGAUCUGCUUGCUCUGCCAAACAAGUAGAAAAAAAAAGAAGGUUGACAUUGCUUAAACAUCCUAAAGCAAUGUUCUUUUUUUAUGUUUUAUUGUCUUUCUUGAAAGUAUCCACACAAAAAAAAAUGUUCCUAAGAUGAUUUGGAGCCUGCCCCCUUUAGUAGUAUUCACGAUAAUGAUUUUCCUUCUUAUUUGAAGUUGUUUGUUCUUCUAAAAUAUGAUGUAAAAUCGUGUUGUCACUUUUAUUGAAAACCCAGAAAGAAAGAAAAAAAACAUAGUUAUUAUUGUGUCUAUAUGUAAUGAUUUUCACGGGUCGGUCAUUUGGUGUUGGGUCUUUUGAUUAUUCAUUCCUUUUUGUUUUGUACAUCAAACAAGUUACUAUAUAAUGUUCAAGUUGC